AUGGAGAAAUAUAUUCAUUUAGACGUUAUAGGUAAAGGUUCUUUUGGAGAAGUAGUAAAAGCACAAAAUAAGGAAACAAAAGAAAUAGUAGCAAUAAAAACUAUGAAGUAAAAGUUUGUAACAUGGGAAGAGUGCAUGAAUCUGAGAGAAUUGAAGUCUCUCCGAAAAUUAGUGAAUAAGAAUAUAGUCAAACUCAAAGAAGUAUUGCGAGUUUAGAAUUAAUUGUCCUUUGUUUUUGAAUAUUGCGAUACAGAUAUCUACAAACUUUAUGAAAACUAGAAAAAGUUAGGACAGAGACUUCCGGAGACACAGCUACGUUCCAUAUUUUACUAAUUAGCACAGUCUCUUUCUUAUAUGCAUAAACAUGGUUAUUUUCAUAGGGAUUUAAAGCCUGAAAAUAUUCUAUAUAGCAAUAAAGAUGGGUAUGUCAAGCUUACAGAUUUUGGUUUAGCAAGAGAAAUUAGAUCUAGACCUCCUUACACUGAUUACGUAGCAACAAGAUGGUAUCGUGCUCCUGAACUAAUUUUGAGAGCAACAAAUUACAAUUCACCAGUCGAUAUCUUCGCUUUAGGCUGCAUAAUGGCAGAACUUUAUAUGUUUAAACCUCUUUUCAACGGUUCUUCAGAAUUAGACUAACUUUAAAAAAUGACAUCUGUGCUAGGUACUCCGUCAAAGCUUGAUUGGCCAGAAGGGUAUAGACUAGCAGGUUUGAAAGGGAUUACUUUUCCUUCAUAUCCAGCUAUUCCUUUAAAUUAAGUUAUUACAGACUGCCCUUAUGAAGCAGUGUAGUUGAUUGCUGAGUGCUUAAAGUGGGAUCCUUAAAAAAGGCCUACUGCUUCUAAAAUUUUAUAGCAUCAAUACUUUAAAGGUAUAGAAAGUGUUUUACCCACAGGAUAUUUUAAUGAUUAAGAGGAAAUUAAAGUAAAUCAGCAGCAAACAAUUCAUUAAGGAAGUAGCAAUCCUAAUAACAAUGAUUUGAAUGUCAGUUUUGGAAAUGAAGAUAGUAGUAAGUAAGUAAAACGAAACAGUUUUUCUAUGCAAAAUGGGUAGUAAUAGGUGCUUGCAAAUAAAGACAAUUCUCCUAAUAAUACUAAUAAUAACUUAGGAGGACCUCCUCUAAUAAAAAAAUUAAGUAAUUAAUUCAGCUAAUCCGAUGCGUCUAUUACAAAUAGAUUAAAAGGAGCUAAUAAUUUUCCUCAUAGUGACUAUAAAUCUGCAAAAGCCCUAGAGUUAGAUUCUAUUGCAGAAAUUUCAAACAACCCUUCUGACCCUUCUCAAGGUAAACCGCCUUUAAAUCCCAAUAAGAUUUCCCGUUAGAACAACAGAAAUUAAGUUCUAAAAAAUCAGGAAAAUACUACUCCUUCAUUUAAUGAUAGAGCUAAAGGAAAGGAAAGUGGAUUUAAUUAUAGUGAAUUCAGCAAUAUUUUAGAUAAUAGAUAAUAAAAUAAUAACAGUGCUUCAAAAUAAUAAAGGGCUACAUCUUUGUAAUAGAACAAUAAUGAUUUCUUUUUUGGAAAUCAUUAACAAAAUUAAAAUAACAAUAACAUCAGCAGCAGCAACAACAACAACACAAAUAAUUUUAAUACUUCUUUAACAUCUCCUAGUGGAAAUGGAAAUCAAACAAUUAUUAGCUCAACUAGUAAUAAUAACAUAUAUAACUUUGCAAAUAUAAAUAUGAACGGAAGGAAUUAGUCACCAAGUCCAUAUCCUUACUAAAAUAACAAUAAAUAAAGUAAUAACAAUGAAUUUGAUUAAGAUAAAAAUGAUAUCUUAGGAACAUAUCUUCCCAGUUCUAUCAACAGUGGAGGACCAAAUCAUUAAGCAAGAGGAAGUUAUCAUAAUUAUUCAAAUACCCAACCUCACCCAAGAUAGUAAUAAUAAAUUUCUUCAGCAAUAGAAAAGCGUAGCUCUAAUAGUAUUCCAUACAAUACAAUUAAUUAUAACGGAAAUUAAAGUAAUGCUAAUAAUUCUGCUUCUAUACAUAACGCAUUCAAUGGUGGUAUAUAUUAGUCCUCUAUUGAAACAGGUUCAAGACCUACUAGGAAUUUGAAUUCAGCAGCUUAUUUUGAAAAUAAAACAAACACUUAUAAUAAUUAAGAGUACAACUCUUAAAGUGUGAAUGGAAGUUAUAGGGAUUAUUAAAAUAAUAACACAAAUAAUGUGAGAAAUUUUUAUGGCAACUCUCCAAGUCAUUUUAAUGAUAAUUCAGGGUAUAUUCCUUCAGCUGCACUAGGUGGAAGCAAUACUGGCAAUAACUACUCAACCAAUAACACCAAUAACAUAUAUUCAUUCUCAUCAGCAACUAACUCUAACAAUGUAGCUGGAGGAGGAUACUCUCUAAGCAAUCCUGUUUAUGGAGCUAAGAGUAAUCAAACUUCAAGUACAACGACAAAUGCAAAUGCUUUGACUAAUAAAAAUAUAUAUGACUUUAAUCAUGUCAGGCAACCUGUGCGUAACUUGGGUUUACCAGGCCCUAAAUUUGAUAUUAAAUUUUGA